UAGUAAAACCGAACAUGCAGAUACGUGAGACACUAGGCUAGUUUUGAAAUUGAGAUCACGUUUGUUUUCCCGUCACCUUCACACUCACACUCCGAUCGAUCUCUAACACGGCAACACCUCCUCACAAAUUCCGUACUACAAUGGCUUUCGUUUUGUGUUGAAGCUCACUUUAUAGUAUCCGCUUUCAGUACUAUAAACACUACUCUAAACAUACAGUACUCGUCUGAUAAUCACCGGAUCGCAUAUCUCAGUUGUAGGUAGGUACAUUGAUUUUGCUUGAGCAAGAUGAGCAGUGGCAAUAUGAAUACGGGUUUCACGCGGCUGUGCAAGGGGAUAGCGGUGGUGCUUGUCGGUGGCUACACUGUUGUUCAGAUUGUCCCCUCUGCUCUUUCCUAUCUCGCACUUAUCCCUGCUAAGACUAUUCCCUUUGCAUGGAAUCUUAUAACAGCUGGUUAUGUUGAGCAGUCCAUAUAUGGGGUGGUUGUCAGCACUGUUGGUCUACUUUUCAUUGGAAAGCUGCUUCAACCUAUUUGGGGUUCUAAGGGAUUUCUGAUGUUUAUCUUCAUUGUCAACUUUUUGACUGCUGUUUGUGUUUUCGUCACUGCUCUCUCAUUGUACUACGUAACGAGAGACGAAAGCUACCUUUAUCUGCCUAUUUCCGGCUUCCAAGGGGUCCUUUAUGGUCUCUUAGUUGGUGUCAAGCAAAUCAUGCCUGACCAACAGUUGCCUUUCUUGAAACUAAGAGCAAAGUGGCUGCCUACUCUUGCACUGCUGCUGUCUAUUGCUAUAAUAAGUUUGUUCACAGUGGAUUCAGUAUCGUACCUUCCUACUUUAGUAUUUGGCACAUAUAUAGGAUGGAUUUACCUCAGAUACUGGCAGAGGAAACCAGAAACCAAACUCAAGGGCGAUCCAAGUGAUGAAUUUGCAUUCUCCACAUUCUUCCCUGAAUUUCUCAGACCUGUGAUUGAUCCCAUCGCUGCUAUAUUUGAUCGAAUGCUGUGUGGUAAAAGAUCUGAGGCUUCAAAUGAAGAGACAGGCUAUACUCUUGGAGUUGCCCUAUUGCCUGGUUCUGACCCUAUUGAAGCAUCUAGGAGGAGGGAAAGAGGUGCAAGGGCACUGGAAGAAAGAUUGGCAGCUGAGAGGCUGGCUGCUGGAGCUAAGGCCGAAGAGUCACAACGAGAUAAUAAUGUUGCAAUUAGAUUGGCAUCAGAUAAUGUUUAGAUCGAUGUUGCCUUGCCUGCCAAGAAGAAAUGCAAAGCUUUAUUACAUAUAAUACCUGCAAAUCAAGAUAUCCAAGAAUAUCUGUCUGUCCGCAAGACACAAACAAGAGACCAUACGUUUUUGGCAGCUAAGUCUUUAGAUUCUUGAUACAAGUUUUGUUGCAUGUUCAUUGUGGUCUGGGUAUAGUAGCUUUUGUCUUGUAGUUUUCUGUUUUUUGUUCAUUCAAGAUUGAAAACUCAGUUCUUUGAAUCUUUGUAGAUAAUUAUUAGCUCC